GCCUCCUCGCCAGCAGCAGCAGCGGCGCCACUAUUCAUGCCUGGAGCGGGCCGGCCGGCGUUGCGCGCAAAGAAGGGCGCGCUGCGCUGAGGCCGUGGCCCUUCCCGGGGCGCGAGGAGGGCGGCUGCGCGGCCAUGGUGGAGCUGCGGGAGAUGGACUGCAGCGUGCUCCAGCAGCUCUUGCACCGGGGCGAGAGCGGGGCCUCGGCGGCGGCGGCGGCGGCGGGCAAGUGCCUCCUCUUGGACUGCAGGCCCUUCCUGGCGCACAGCUCCGGCUACAUCCGCGGGGCGCUCAACGUGCGCUGCAACACCAUCGUCCGGCGCCGGGCCAAAGGCGUCGUGAGCCUGGAGCAGAUCCUGCCGGCCGAGGACGAGGUGCGCGCCCGCCUCCGCUCGGGGCUCUACUCGGCCGUAGUGGUGUACGACGAGCGGAGCCCGCGGGCCGAGUCCCUGCGGGAGGACAGCACCGUGUGGCUGGUGGUGCGCGCGCUGCGCAGGGACGCCGAGCACGCCGACAUCCGCCUGCUGAAAGGUGGCUACGAGAGGUUUCAUUCAGAAUAUCCGGAGUUCUGCGCGAAGACGACAUCUCCUACCGCGGCAUCGGCGUUGGCCAGCGUGGAGCACCUUGAGCACAGCUGCAGCUCCUGUGGGACGCCACAACACGAUCAGGGUGGCCCAGUGGAAAUCCUCCCUUUCCUCUACCUCGGCAGUGCGCAUCACGCCGCUAGGAGAGACAUGCUGGACGCAUUGGGGAUUACAGCCUUGCUAAAUGUUUCAUCGGACUGCCCAAAUCACUUUGAAGGACACUUUCAAUACAAAUGCAUUCCAGUGGAAGAUAACCACAAAACCGACAUCAGCUCCUGGUUCAUGGAAGCAAUUGAAUACAUAGACUCCGUGAAGCUGUGCCACGGCCGGGUCCUGGUGCACUGCCAAGCUGGCAUCUCCCGGUCGGCCACCAUCUGCUUGGCCUACCUGAUCAUGAAGAAGCGGGUGAAGCUGGAGGAGGCCUUUGAGUUCGUCAAGCAACGCCGCAGCAUCAUCUCCCCCAACUUCAGCUUCAUGGGGCAGCUGCUGCAGUUCGAGUCCCAGGUGCUGGCCCCGUCGUGCGCCGCCGAGGCCGCCAGCCCGCCAGGGCCGCUGCGGGAGCGGGGCAAGAGCGCCUCCACCCCCACCUCCCAGUUCGUCUUCAGUUUCCCGGUCUCGGUGGCGGUGCACUCCACGCCCGGCAGCCUCCCGUACCUGCACAGCCCCAUCACCACUUCGCCCACUUGCUAGAGUCGGCGGCUGCGGGUUGCGCUCUGGGAGGACGCAGAACAGGACGCUGCAGCCCCCGUGGGCCGCCACUGAUGGCAAUAAAGUACUCUGCCCCCCUGCCCCGCCCCCCGACCCGGCAGCCAAAGACGGAGCAAUAACGGCUGACGUUGUGGCCGGAACGGAACCCGUGGUGGGCGGGGGGCAGGUUCCAGCAUGUCCUUUCUUGGCAGGAUGCCUUACCUCAUUUUUUAAGAUAUAUAUAUAUAUAUAUAAUAUAUAUAUAUAAUAUAAAAAGCUUGAAGUUGUGAAA